CCCAUGGUAGUUUCCUGGGGAGUGCCAGCUGACGGGACUAAACACAAAUACCGACGCUGCCCCUCUGCUUCCAACGUCACCUCUCGGAAUGAGAAGAGAAUAAAGGCCUCAGCUUGAAUGUCAGCGGUGGAACUACAAUAAACUGUUUCCCAGAGCUGUGAAUAUCACAAGCAAUGAAAUGUCUUGGCUGAAGGCACAUUUAAAAGUUUCACUCAACUCUUACAUUUUAUGCUGGUUUUAUAGAGUGUGAAAAGCCUAGGCAUUGUUAAUUAAAAUGAGUAGAGAAGAAUUAAGUGCUCUUCUACGUUGUCGGAAAUGUAGAAAAUGUGUAGCAAAUUCUGACAGCUUCAUUAAGGAUCAAGCAUGCAGGUUUAACCACAACAAUCUUGACUCCUCAGAUCAUCUGAAUUCUUGCACCAUAUGGCACAUGGAUGUAGAAACAGUACCAGACUGGAUAAAGAGACUGGUAGAAGAGGCACACUGGACUACCGGGAAGCUGAACUGCCCUGUCUGUGGGGCACGUCUUGGGGCCUUUAACUUUGCUGGGAAUCUAAAAUGCUCUUGUGGCCAGAGCACAGUUUUAUAUUUGUGUAAAAGCAAGAUUGAUUAUGAAGCAGCUCUCCCAUUAAGGAUUCUUAAACCACUUGUGAAGACUGUGCCAAAGUCAAAAUUGCGGUCUGUGUGUAAAAAGGAACUGAAAUGUAGAGUGAUGGAUGAAUUGGUAAAAAGGCACAGUCACAACAAUUUAACCAUGGAGAAAAGCAAGCAAGUGAUGGGAAGAUUAGCUGAGGCUCUGUGCCUGGAAGUGCAAUCAUCCAAACAAUCUGAGGUGAGGGAGACAAAGACCACAGCUUUUAGUCUAUAUAAAUCUGACUCUGCUUCAGAAACCAUUAAGGCUAAGUGUAACCAGAAUGGUUUUCAUAGAAAAUCAAGUAGUUUGGAUUUUGAUUUUUUUAAAAAUUCCUUUGAUCUUUUUGAAAAUAACAGUAUAGAGUUAUCCAGUAGUCAAGCAGCAGGUGUGUGUUUCAACAUAUGCAGCGAAACCUCAAGGCAAUUGUUUAGUGGUCACUACAGAUUUGGCAGUGAAAACCCACAAGCAAGAUUACCCGAGGGAGAACAAACUCAAGACAGUUGCAGUACUGGUGCUGAAAGUGUGCUUGCAGUACAGCCAUAUUUGGAUCCUGAUACCAACACUGUUCAUGUGCCAACUCCAACUUCCAACAUGGCUCCAGACUCAACACUGACAGAAGAUAACUUACAAGUACCUCCAGUUGAUACUGGCCCCUCUGACAACCCUUCACCUCCAUCUUCCUGCUUGGUAGCUAUCAAUCAAAGACUAAAGAAGAGAGAAAUAAAUAAGCUUAAGAGCCUAAGGAGGAAGCAAAGGAAGAGGGAAAAAUGGCUUCAACAACAGACUGCCAAAGUCAGUGACAGUACCGAUGAAGAGAAUGAGCAUAUUAUGGAAAAGGAAAGCUACAUCUGUGCAGUUUGCUUGGAUGUUUAUUUUAAUCCUUACAUGUGCAAUCCUUGUCAACACAUAUUCUGUGAACCGUGUUUGCGAACAAUUGCCAAAGACAAUCCGACAAAGACGUUGUGCCCACUCUGUAGAGCAACAAUCGCACGAGUCUGUUUCCAGUCUGAGUUGAACAAAACAUCUCUCGCCUUUUUCCCCAAUGAAUAUUUGAAAAGGAAAGAAUGUUUCCAAAAAACAAAUUAUUCCAAAUGGCCGUUACCCAACAGCAACAGGAUGUUUAGAGGAUUUGGAGGUUUGAGUAGACAUUUGAAUGGAAGGAGACUUCUUCAUAAUGGGCACAGACAGGACUUUGAAAAUGAAAAUCGGGGAUGGCGGUUUGACAUGGACAUGGAUAUCAUCUACAUUUACACUGUCAACUGGAUCAUUGGAUUCAUCAUAUUUUGCUUUAUCUGCUAUUUUUUAUUUCUCUUAUUAUAAAAAAUCAGUAGUUGCACAAUACAUGAGACAUUAGGGUUCUUUGCAACACUGAAGGUUGUCAUCCUUUGUUGUACUCUCCCAUUAUACUUUAUGUUUUCCCCACUUCUACUUUUUUUCAUCACACCACAAUAUCUUUCAGUUUCUCAGUUGUUGGAAUGCUUUUCAAAUGUAUCUAGAUAUCUAUUGAUUUUCUUAUUAGCUUAAUGAUCUGGCCAUUGAACCUAAACCUGUUGUGCAGCUACAGUGCAAGUAAUAAUAUUAACAUCUCCAGCCUUGUGUUUCUUAUGCAAAUUUGUUUUCUUCCUGCGAUGCCCAUAUAUAUACAGUAGUUUCUCACCAUCUAUCCAGUUCUGCCCGCUCAAGGCAAUUUUUAUUUGACCCAAGUCAUCCGACAUUUCUGUUUGUGAAUCAUUGUUAUUCACAACUCCCUUAUUAUUAAAUAUUGCUUUAAAACUUUGCCAUUUAUACAAACAACAAAAUCCAAGACUACCAUGGUUGCAGUUUCUCACCUUGUAUAUUGAAUUUCUUAUCUCAACAGGUCUUAUAAUAGUUAUGUAAAGAGCAAUGAUACACAAAGCAUUUUGAUUACCACGGAUAGAUUUUUUUGGCAAAAAUCCAUUCUCAGUAAAUUGGCAGAUAUUCACUGGGGAUAUUUCACCUGGAGAAAAGAUGUAAAUGUUCUCCAGUCCUUUCACUUAAUUAAAUGUUUAUUUGCCAAAACUUGUACAUUUGAAAUAUUGUGAGGAAUUUUAAUUUUUGGUGAAUAUACCGAAAAGUUUAUACAGUUGUGGUUGAUUUUUGUUUUUUGCACAAUAACCACUAACCACUGACUGUGGGGGGUUGAGGCUAUAGUUUAUGCCACCCCUGGAGAAUAUAGCAUCACAAUUAAAUGUUGUUUUUGUGUGUGGGGGGGGGUGAGUUCCAACAAUCUACAGGCGGGUUAAUUGCCUGUAGUGUGUGUGCAGUUAAUAGGGACUUAGAUUGUAAGCUCUGCUGGGGCAGAAACUGAUGUAUGAUCUCUGUUAAGCACUGCAGAAUAUGUUGGUGCUAUAUAAAGAAUAAAAACAUUUAGGAUGGUACGCAGCCAUACGGAUACCAACAAAUGCCUUCAAACAUACUAAUAGGUUUAAAAAUAGACAGUUUGUUUAAAACCCUUCCAUCCCUUACCCUACUGAUAUAUUGCUUUUUAUUAAACAUUAUUUUCAGGCACAAAAA